AUGUCUUCCGACCAGCAGAUCAUUUUCACCAAGGACGCCCCUGCGGCUCUUGGCCCUUACUCUCAAGCCAUCAAGACCCCCAACAUGGUCUAUUGCUCUGGCCAGAUUCCUCUUACCCCCGAGGGUGAGAUGGUCCAAGGUAUCACUGAGCAGACCCGCCAGGCUUGCAAGAAUGUCCAGGCCGUUGUUGAGGCGGCAGGCUCGUCUAUUUCCAAGGUGGUCAAGACUACAGUCUUCAUCUCUGACAUGUCUUACUUUGCUGAAAUCAACACCGAGUACGAAAAGUGGUUUUCGCACAAGCCUGCCCGUAGCUGUGUAGCUGUCAAGACUCUCCCCAAGAACGUCGAUGUGGAGAUUGAGGUCAUUGCUCUUCCAUAG